AUGCUGUUGUGCAGCGCAGCUGUGAUAUUCUCACUUUUGUAUUCGUCUUAUGGAGAAGAAGCUGAGUGUGAUAAGGAAAAGCAAAGAUGGGCGCCACUAGGAAGGGAGCUCAGUGCAUUCAACCACAGACUCAAAGAGAGCUAUCCGGAUGUGACCUACAACUGCUUUGUUGACGAAGUAGCUAAAAACUUUACCAAAACAGAGGAUGAGGAUGCUGAUAUUUAUCUGCUUCCAGAAGGCUCGGGCAUGGUUGAUGUGAGUUAUACAAUUGAUGACCAAGAUCCUAGCGAUUUAGAAGUUCUAAAGGAUAUAAUUAACAAAUGGAGCGCGAACCUCACAGACAUCUUCACUCGUUUCGAAGGGAUUGUGUUGUUUGCAUGCUCGGUGGUGGUGGACCCAGAUUAUGAUGACAUCCCUAACGUCCUGGUAUGCAUACUGGCACCAGGAGAGCAAUCAGAAAAUAAACCCUCGCAAAGGAAUGCAGCAGAGGGAUCAGGAAGAGGAAGUGCUGCUCAGGAAAGAGAGGCGCCUGCACCUGUCGAAAAAGCCGCUGUGAAACAAUCAGAACCACCCAAAGCAGAACUGGAAAAAACGUUACAACAACAGCAAAAUCAAAGGAGCGGAUCAUCAUCUGAGAAAGAAGAAAAAGCAGCAAAUUGGAGUGAUCUGUUCAUUUUUUGA